AAAAACAAAUCAUUCUUUCUUCUGCUGAGCAAGAGAAGCAUUUAUUACUCUCUUUUACUUUCUUCUUUUUAUUUUGUUUCAGUUGAUUCUCCUUCAGUCCACUUGUUUGGCAUAUCCUUUAACAUUUGAGCUUGUUUGCAGUUUAAAAGUGGAAUUUUUCUUCAUAAGAAGAAGCAUUUUGAAUGUGAUCCAGGGAUGAAAGGACUGCUAUAUCUACUUUUUCAAGGUGUUCUGCUGUAUGAGACUUUGGCAUGGAAAGUAAGAAUGCCAUCAGAAAUUCAUGGCCUCAAAGGUUCCUGUCUGGUUAUACCGUGCUCUUACUCUUACACUUCAUACCCACCAACUAACCCACGUAGAGUUGUGUGGUAUCAGUGGGUGUCAAAAGGCUACCCUUUAGUUUGUGAUCCCUGGUAUCCAGACAGUGUCAUUGACAAGUUCAGAGGAAAAACUGAUAUAUAUAGGCCUACAUACUCAGAUCGGGAUUGUAGUUUGCUGAUCAAAGGCGUGGAUUCGUCCCACAAUGGAGAAAAAUUAUAUACAUGGAUUGACCCAGAAAAUGUUGGAAAGAGCACCUAUAAGUUUUAUGAUGUCACCUCCAAGAUUAUUGUUGACUCAAAUCCACAGCAGCCCAUCAUUAAUAUUUACGGAGGCGCAAAGAUCAGUGACAGCAUUAGAGUAGCGUGUUACACCUACCACACCUGUCCAUACAGCAAACCAAACAUCAUUCUGAAGGGUAUUGAAGGAUCUGAUAAUGUAGAUGAUGUUCAUAUGGAAAAUGGUCGAUGGAAAACCACUCUGACACGCACCGGUGUUGUGAAGGCUGAACACUCAGAUAUUGAGUGUACUGUAACACAUCAUGGAGGCAAAACAGCAAGAGCUACAAAAUCACAAAGUGCAAAAUGUGUCUAUUCUAGUAUAACCAUAGAGCCUAAACUGGCAGAUAUUACAGAGGGUGUUGCAAAGACAUUCACUUGUACCGUCCAUCAUUCCUGUCAGAUGAAUCCUCCGAUCCUCUCCUGGAACUAUGAGAACAUGCCGGUCAAAGAUGGAAAGAAACAACUUACAGGGUUUGAAUUGGCCACCUUUUCCACCAUAACCUUUUUGGGAGCAAAGAAAGAUGAUGGGAAGAAAUUAAUCUGCACUACAAAUAUUUCUGGACAGAAGAUCACAGCAUCUGUCGACUUACAUGUACAAUAUUCUUUUACAGAGCCUCCAAAACCAGUGACUCCAGUCCAGAAAAAAUAUUAUUUCACAGAGUCUCCAAAACCAGUGAGCCCAGUCCAGAAUAAAUCUGUUUCCCAGAAACCCGAGUUGAGGACCUUUGACAUGAUGACAAUUGGACUUUACAUUCUAGCCCCUUCAUUUGCCUUUCUUCUCAUUUGCAUAUUUGCUGGGGUCAUCAUAUACAAGAAGUGUAACAGCUCAAAUGAUUUGCAUGCAGCUGCGGCCCUUACACCAUCACCAAAGAGUCAGAAAAAAUCCUGCACUAUGGAGAAUUGUGAAGGUUAUUACGCCAAUAUGGAAGAUCUCAACGUUUAUGGAAACGUCUUAUGAAAAUGCUCCACAUCACCUGCGAAAUGUGCUCAAUACAGUGUUUUUAACCCUAACCUAAACAGAAAAGAAAAAAGUUAACAUAUAUUUUAGUUAAUAUUAAAAAAUACUUUAUCAUAUCAUGGAAAAUAACAUCAGUAUUUUAAUUCACAUGCUUUUAUAUUAGACUUACUAUUAUUUUGUCUGAUUUGUGUGGCAUCUGGAUCUCUCUUUGGCUUUUCAGUUCUAAUCAGCAAUUUGGCUAAGCAAAUUAACUUUGUACUUAAAGCGACAGUUCACCCAAAAACCAAAAUUUUGUCAUCAUUUACUCACUCUCAUGUUGUUUCAAACCUGUAUGAGUUUCUUUAUUCUGUUGAACACAACAGAAGAUAUUUUGAUAAAUGAUGGUGAGCACACAGUUUCCGUACCCUUAGACGUCCACAGUAUUUAUUGUUCCUGCUGUACUACAGUAUGGCAGUCAAUGGGUAUCGUGAAGUGUAUGGUUACCAUCAUUUAUUAAUGAGUCAUUUGAUUCGAUUUCUUUUGUCUUUAAUGUGUUAAAAUGUGUCUGUACAUAUAAAAGAUCUGUAAAGUUGCAAAUAUUAA